AUGGCCCGGAAGUUCUUCGUCGGCGGCAACUGGAAAUGCAAUGGAACCUCAGAAGAGAUAAAGAAGAUUGUAUCAACACUCAAUGCUGCUGAGGUGCCAUCUGAAGAUGUUGUUGAAGUUGUUGUCAGCCCUCCAUUUGUGUUUCUCCCCAUUGUAAAGAGUUCUCUGCGGCCCGAUUUCCAUGUUGCAGCUCAAAAUUGUUGGGUUAAGAAAGGGGGUGCUUUCACUGGUGAGAUUAGUGCUGAGAUGCUUGUCAAUCUGGACAUACCUUGGGUAAUUCUUGGUCACUCUGAACGUAGAGCUUUGUUGGGUGAGACAAGUGAGUUUGUUGGAGAUAAAGUUGCAUAUGCCCUUGCUCAAGGUCUGAAGGUAAUUGCUUGCAUUGGCGAGACUCUUGAACAGAGAGAAGCAGGAUCUACUUUGGAUGUUGUUGCUGCACAAACUAAGGCCAUAGCAGAGCGUAUUUCUGAUUGGACAAAUGUUGUCCUGGCUUACGAGCCUGUUUGGGCUAUUGGAACCGGCAAGGUGGCCACUCCUGCACAAGCUCAAGAAGUGCACCAUGAAUUAAGGAAGUGGCUUCAGACUAAUAUCAGCCCUGAAGUUGCUGCUUCAACCAGGAUAAUAUAUGGAGGAUCCGUGACUGGUGGUAACUGCAAGGAACUGGCAGUACAACCUGAUGUCGAUGGUUUUCUAGUCGGGGGUGCUUCUCUGAAGCCGGAGUUCAUAGACAUCAUAAAGUCCGGCGAGUUGAAGAAAAGUGCUUGA